UGUUCCGGAGUAAAUGCCUGGUCGGCCAGGCUGGUCUUGCCACUCGGCUUCUUCUUGUUUCGGUUUUGCCCGCAGAGAGAGAUGGGCAGCCAGAUUUUGAGUCUCCGCGGAGGCCGCUGGCCAUGAAAGGCGGGCACUCGGCAGGGAGCAGCUCAGCACCUGCCAUUGCACAGGAACGGCUUGGCGCGGGAGGGGGCUGUCCGCCUGGAACCUCAGAUGUGGCUUCUGAAACUAGCUGGGAUCUUCCUAACCGACUUCAAGUCUUCAUAUUCUGUUGUCAUGGCUCUUCUGGAAUCCACUGUGCUCUCCUUCAUACACUUCUAGUUAUUGCCUUUAUGACAAGUACUCUACCCGAUGCUGACCAUGCAUGAUCCUGAUUCCUCUUUCACAACUUUGUCUGUAACCUGGAGGAUUGAGUACCAAAGUGAAAAUCCAUUUAUACCUGCUGCCUUCCAGAUGUUUGGAUUCACAGCUUUUGGAAAUCCUUAUCAUUGGCCUUACUGGCUGGGGCUGCUGGGAUCUGAUGUUCAUUAGACAUGUGGAUUUUUGUAGAAGUUCAUUGCUAUGGACAGUGCUAUCACCUUGUGGCAGUUCCUUUUGCAACUUCUUCAGGAAUCUCGGAAUAAGGACAUUAUUUGCUGGACCUCAAAUGAUGGAGAAUUCAAACUUUUGCAAGCAGAAGAGGUAGCCCGCCUUUGGGGAAUCCGUAAAAACAAGCCCAGCAUGAACUAUGACAAACUCAGUCGUGCACUCAGAUAUUAUUACGUAAAGAACAUCAUCAAAAAAGUUAAUGGUCAAAAGUUUGUUUACAAGUUUGUAUCUUACCCAGAGAUUUUGAAUAUGGAUCCACUGGUUGUUGGCAAGAUUGAGGGUGAAGCUGAGGCACAGGCUGGCUUUGUUGAUACUAGCAACUCUACAAAGGACAUUGAAACUUAUGGGAAAGAAAAGCAUCAGGCCAGUGUGAAAUCCUCCAGUCGCAAUGACUAUAUCCACUCAGGCCUGUAUUCUUCAUUUACUUUGAACUCUCUUAAUUCCUCCUCUUGUACAAAACUGUUUAAGAUGGAGAAUUCAGCUGAGAAGCUGACAGAAAAAAGAACUCAGGAUUCAACACCUUCAGUCAUAAAAUUUGUAACCAUGUCCUCCAAAAGGCCUUCUGUGUCUCCCCUUGCCUCAGCUACUCAACUGACCUCUACUAUCUCAGCUGCCUCUAUCGUACCUUCAGGUUCAAAUGAACAUCUCCAGGCCAUGGAACCUCUAGCAAAAUCUAAAUGUGCAGCCACUGAAAGUUCAGCAUCUUUGCCAGGCUUGACUUCUAAUUUUAAUUCUACAUCUCCUGCAACCUCCACAUCUCCUCGUCUCAAAGUUCCAGCCAAAUCUCCUUUGCCACCUUUAAAUUCUAAUUCUGAUCUGGUUAUAGACACAGAAACUGAGUCUGUAGUUUGCCAGCAGUUAGAGCACUUUCAGAAUCAAAUCUUGGAGGUUAAAGAGAUGAGUUCCUCCAUUUUUGAAAAGAAUCUUCGUCAUAGCAGAACUAGAAAGCCCAAAGGACUGGAGAUUACUCCCACUCUGGUUAUUACUGGUAGUGACCCCAGUCCACUGGGAAUACUGAGUCCUUCUCUACCAACUGCUUCUCUUACACCAGCACUUUUUUCACAGACACCUAUUUUACUGACACCAAGCCCCUUGCUCUCCAGUAUCCAUUUUUGGAGUACUCUCAGUCCAGUUGCUCCUCUCAGCCCAGCAAGAUUACAAGGUGCUAAUACCCUCUUCCAGUUUCCAUCAGUGCUGAAUACUCACGGACCAUUUACUCUGUCAGGAAUGGACGGCCCUUCCACUCCUGGCCCUUUCUCCCCAGAUUUGCAGAAGACUUAACAUACGGCCUUUUGAAAAUGGACAGCUUGGACUAAAAAGAGGAAGAGGUUUUAUUAAAAAUGCUGCAAUCCAGGUUUUAAGAGACAGUUUUUAAUUCCAUAGAGACAAUUUAAAGUGACUUGGUUUUUGCUAUUCCCAGUUCAGAUGCCUUUGCAAAAUUCUCUUUAAGACAUAAGAGAAUUCAUAAGGAAGUGCCUUGAUUGUGGAGAUUCUUCUCUAGAGUUUCUCUCUCCUCCUGUUCCUUACUGCUUCUUUUGAAUGAAGAAGGCUUCUUUUAACAAAGAACACACUUUUGUAUUAUAAUGAGGUAUUGGACAGAACAGCCAACUGAUAUCAGAUGGUUUUUGACUGUUAUCCAUCCAUUCCUUUGCUUUUUGUUUUUUAUGUCAAAAUAUUAUUUCAUGGAAGCUGGCAUUCCAAGAAAUACUUGGAAAGUGAAUAAAAAGACUUAUUUUUUUACAGUGAAUUCCAAUGACCUUAAAAAGUUUUAGCAUUGCAACUUACAGUAGUGUAGAGUUGAGCAAAAUUUUAAGAAUGGUUGCUAUGGAUAAGAAAAAUCUUUUUUCUUUGGCAAAAACGUCAGUUCAUCCUCACAUAAUAGAAUGGUAUUUUGUAUGCUUGAAUGGCAUAGUUAUGCAUAGAUCAUGGAUUGAAUUGCUUUGAUCUUCCAAAAAUAUUUAAAGGUGUUAAUAUUUGAUAAGCCAAGUCAAGAAAAAUAAAAGCAAAUCCCUUGUUGUUUAAUAAACAAUUUAACAGGUUGAGCUAAUUAAAGAAACUUGCAGUGGAUUUAUGGUGGCACUGGAUUAAUAAGCAUUUAUUUGACAUGCAGUGAGUUAUUGUUGUCUUGCUUCUUGUUAAUGUACAUAAGUGUGACAUUUGAGAAGUGAACAUUUAUUGUUUGUUCUUUUUCCCUCAAAGAGGGAAAGAGACACACCUUCUCUUGGCCUACUGCAUAUCUAGGUGUUCUUUUAAAUAUAAAUGGAUUGACGUUUUGAAUGUUCAAGUCUUUAAAAUUAAAAAUGUGCCAUUAUUAGAAAGUACUCUGACUAAUUAAAUGUUUGAAACUGGAGGGAGAAAGCAUAAAGUGGCACAUGCUGUUUGAAAUCUAAAAGGAGUAAAAUGUGGUUCUAGCCUGAA